AAUGACAUGACACUGAAUUAAAAAUAUUUUUUGCGUUAAGAACACUAAACGAAUGGCCGAGUUGUUUCUGCAUUGCAUAUUUUCAAUAAAACGGUGUUAUUUAUAUCCAUUUUCAACACUUUGUGAUUUUUUCAACUCCAACGUUUUCUCGUGUUCAUAAUUUCAACCAAAAUUGUGCUAGUGACUUACAAAAAUGUUAUACCACAACGUCGAUACGGACUGCAGUUCAUUGCCUUAUGUAAAACUUGAAAUAGUGUUUCUUCCGUGAGUGACCGAAAUAUACGGUGACUUAUGUGUUUAGUGUAAUUGUUUAGAUUUUAUGGUGAUCAAAGUGUCAAAAUGUCGAAUUCUACCGCUCAAGUGCUCAUGAAGAAGGGUAAGAGGGGUGCAGCCGCAUACAUACACGCGGACUGUGAGAAUGGAUCCCCACAGCAUUUGGGUCCGUUGCUGGACGUACUGCUGAACCCUAGCAAGGCCAUUGAUGAGUGGGAGACGAUCGACUGGUGCCGCUGGCUGUUAGCCGGCGGGAGAACGCCGGACGAGUUUGCAACGAUUGUCCGGAGCUACGACAAACACGACAAAUGCGGUCUAGUCUGGAUACCGCGCGUUGUCGCAUACCGAUGUCGCACAUGCGGCAUCUCACCGUGCAUGUCGAUAUGUCGGGAGUGCUUCCACCGCGGCGACCACUCUACACACGACUUCAACAUGUUCCUGUCGCAGGCUGGCGGCGCUUGCGACUGUGGCGACAAAUCCGUUAUGAAGGAGGACGGAUUUUGCAGCAACCACGGCAACAAAUGCACGCGCCCAGGCGACGUACCCGCAGCCCUCAUGUGCGUCGCAGAAGCAAUGAUGCCGCGACUCAUUCUUCGUUUGCUCCAACAUUUCAGAGAGAACAGCUGCGGUUCACAGACGACGUCAGAUAGCUACAGGAUCACAGUACAGGAGUGCGAGGGCUACGUCAAGAUGCUGAUGGAGUUCAACAACAUGGGGGACCUCAUGCGCUCCGCCAUGACCAAGGCGCUCAUUAACCCACAGAUGUACCGCAACCUGGUGGAGCCUCCGUUCCCAGACACAGAGUACGGCUGCUAUAUGGCGGAAUCCAACAAGAUGUAUGAGAAAGCACUCGAAAUGUUUCCAGCGCCAGAACCGCCUGACGAGUACCGGCACCUGCCGGCGCUAGCCCCCCGGCUGCAACACAACACGCUGCUGGACGAGUUCAUAUUCUGGACGUUCAAGUACGAGUUCCCGCAGAACGUGGUGUGCUUCCUGCUGAACAUGCUGCCGGACCAGGACUACAAGGAGCACCUGACGCGGACCUUCGUGCUGCACUACGCGCGCAUCCCGCUCGUGCUGGAGGAGGCGGCCGACCCCGACACGCUCAGCAACCGCGUCGUGCACAUGUCCGUGCAGCUCUUCUCCAACGAGGCGCUGGCGCUGCGCUGCGUCCAGCAGCUGCAUCUGCUGCACGUCAUGGUGCUCUCGCUGCGCCUCAUGAUGGGCAAGAUCCUCGUGCAGAACUCGCUGCACGACCCCGAGCACAACUUCCACUACGUGAUCGACUGCACGCGGCGCGUCAUGAAGGAGCACUGCUACUGGCCGCUGGUGUCGGACUUCAACAACGUGCUGUCGCACAAGAGCGUGGCGCUGCUGUUCCUGCAGGACGACGCGCUGGUGGACAUGUGGUUCGAGUUCCUGUCCAUGCUGCAGGGCAUGAACGUGAACGUGCGCGAGGUGGGCGGGCACAUCGAGUUCGAGCCGUCGUCGUACUACGCGGCCUUCUCGUGCGAGCUGGAGGCGGCCGCCUACCCCAUGUGGUCCGUGCUGGCGCACCUCACGGAGCCCGCGCACGGCCUACUCGCGCGCCGCAUGCUCAGCGCCGCGCUCACGCAUCUCCAGGACUGGCUCGACGCCGUGCACUUCACCACGCCGCAUAUGGACCGGUCGGAGGUGAUGCAGGCGUCGUUCCACUUCCCGCUGCACCGGUACCUGGCGGCGUUCCUGUGCGCGGGGACGCGCUGCAUGGGGCUGCGCGCCGCCGACGUGCUGCCGCCGCCCGACCUGCUGGCGCUGCUCGCCGCGCAUCCGCUGCGCGUACAGAGUUUGUUCUACGAGAUACUAGCAGGCGUGUGGGUGCGCAACGGUCUGCAGAUCAAGGGUCAAGCCAUGACCUACAUCCAAGCGAACUUCUGCAACUCCAUGGUGGACAUGGACAUCUACUGGCUGCAAGUGUGCGCUGCGCAUCUACCAGCCGACCAGUUUCUCGACAUGUGCAUCGAUAUGUUUGGAUGCCGCGAGUGGCUGAGUAUGAUGCCGAUGUCGCCUGCCCAGGCUGCGGAGCAAGACGCCAUGGUCGAAGGCCUGCUCACCUUCCUCGCAAUACUAGUGUCUUCUAGAACUAAUCUUGGUAAUGACGAGCUUACACAGUCGCGGCUUGAAGUCAGUACGUUGCUGGCCGCGGGCGACAAGACGCAUUCGCAACUACUUGAGCUGAUGCCGGAGAGAUCCGGUAAUGCGCAUACUAGGAAUUUUGAAACUGUUCUCAAAGAGUUGUCAACAUACCGUCCACCGCCAAAAGGCUCUGAGAACUUGGAGCAAGGACUGUUUGUGCCAAAGCCUAUCGUAUGGGAGCAGUACUACGACCCACUGCACGUUUUGCGCCGAGCUGUGCACCGGAGGGACUUCCACGCGUCCAUGGAGCGGUUCACUGCUUACGUGCGUGAGAAGCAGAAGACGGAGGGCACGGCGGAGAGCACGUCGCGGGCGAGCGGCGUGCUGUGGCCCCCGCUGCGGCGCGCGGGCCCGCCGGCGGGCGGCGCGGACGGCGCGGGCGACCCGCGCGCGCUGUGCGCGUCCGGCGUGCUGCACGGCGCGCUGCUGGCCGUGCUGCACCGCGGCGUGCACCGGCGCGCGCCCGACGCCGCCGCGCCGCACGCGCCGCCCGACCACGUGCUGGCGCUGGCCGUCUACCUGCUGGCCGUGGCCGCCGACCUGCAGGCCGAGCGCGCGCAGCGCUGCCUGGGCGACGUGGCCGUGGCCGAGCCGGCGCGCGCCGCCGUGGCCGGCGUGCCGCUGCUGGGCGCCUUCGCCGGCGCCGCCGUCUGCGACAACGCGCGCACCGUCGUCGCCAGCGUGCCCGCGCGCGCCCGCCCCGCCCCGCCGCACGCCUUCCCCGCGCACUACACGCCGCACCACCACUCCGACAGUGACACGGAGUGGGAGCCGUCCGAGACAGAGACCACACGAAUACCAAUCCUCACUACGUCGACGUCACUGCCCGCCACCAGCACUGCACUAGCUGUACCCACGUCAUUACAGAUGGCCCGCGGUGACUCUAUGACAGAUGACCAAUCAGAUGGCGGCGGUGACGCGCCCCAGAUACGAGCACUAGAGGAUGUAACGGACGAGAGUCAAGCGUUAGCGCUACAGACAUUCGACGAAGAGAUGAGUCUUGCCAUCGCCUCCUCAUCCGACCUGGACACGCCCCCUGUACCUAUUGAAUAUGACAUGUCAGGCGAGGAAUGGAGCGUGUCGGUGCGCGGUGCGCAGGGCGCGCUGGCGGCGCCGGCGCUGCAGGCCGCGCUGCCGGCCGCGCUGCCCGCCGCGUCGCUGCCCGCGCCCUCGCCGCAGCAUUGCCGCCCCUCCACCAGCAAGCAGGUACAACUACACACGCAAUCAGAAGACACGAUCCCAGUGAACGAGUCCAUAAUAUCGUUGCUUCUCAAGUUGCACUCGCAACUGUCCGGCCGACUCGACUCGUUCUCACUGGAUGAACCCGCGCCAGACACACAGGAACCCAUCGGUGACGGGCCGUACUUCAUCGGCAGCGUGCUCCGCAAGCUGGCGGCGCUGGACGCGCGCUGCGGCGCCGCCAUCGCCCACGUCCGCCACUCGCUCUGGCCGCACCAGCGCGAGAGGCAGGCCGAGCAACGCGCCAGAGAACGCCGGGAAAAGGAAGAGCGGUCCCGUCGCGCCCGGGAGCGCCAGGCGCAGGUAAUGCGGGACUUCCAGCGGCGGCAGCAACAGUUCAUGUCGUCCAUGCACGGGCUGGACGAGCCCGGCGCCAUGGACUGGGACGAGGACGCGCUGCCCAAGGACUACGACUGCGUCAUCUGUAACACCACCGCGCCAACCACGCCUGCUGACCCCAUCGGAUUAGUUGUAUUACUGCAGUCGACGUCGGUGCUGGGCCACCGGCGGCGCGCGGGCGGCGGCGACGCGCGGCUGGCGCUGUCCGAGGCGGAGCGGGCGCGGCUGCAGGCGCAGCACGACUCCACGGCCGCCGCGCACCACUACCGUCUGCACGACGACCUGCACCAACACUUCGACCAGGAGUCGUGGCUGGUGUCGGUGUGCGUGGGGUGGGAGGGCGGCGUGCACGUGGCGUCGUGCGGGCACCACCUGCACCUGCGCUGCCUGGCGGCCUACCUGCGCGCGCUGGCCGCGCCGCAGCGCCCGCACAACCUGCACGUCGAGCGCGGCGAGUUCCUCUGCCCCGUCUGCCGCCAGCUCGCCAACUGCGUGCUGCCGCUGGCGCCGCGCCCCGCGCGCCCCCCGCCCCGCCCGCCGCGCCCGCUGCGCGCCGUCGCCGCCCAUCUGCAGGCGCUGCUCGACCAGGACCAUCCGCCGCCGGCGCCGAGUCGUCUGUCGGAGGCGAUGGGCAAGGCGAUGGAGGACAUGACGGCGACGGCGGGCGGCAAGCUGAAGCAGCGCUACGGGUCGUCGCCAGCCGCCAUCUUCACGUUCGUGGCGUCGCUGGUGCGCACCAACCUCGAGUGCGAGCUGGUACAGCGCGGCGGCACGCUGCAGACCUGCGUCGCGCCGCGGUACAAGCUGCGCAACGAGUGCAUCGUGCCACUGCUGGUGGUGGCGGGCGCGCACUCCCGCGUGCUGGCCAGCGCGGGGGCCGGCUUCGGCGCCGCCGACGCCUGGCGUCUGCUGGCGCCCGGGGACGAGGCGGCCGGGCCCGCCGGCGCCGCCGUGCUGUCGGGGGCGCCCGCCGCGCGGCCCGUGCCGCUCUUGCUGCGGGACCCGCUGGCGCUGCUCAUGCACUUCCUACUGCUCGCGCCGCCCACACCGCCCUACUUGGAAAUGGGUCCGUAUCUUGUACUACACAGCAGUUACCUUGUUGGUAGCUAUUCCGCCCUUACUAAACGCAAGUGUUUGUGGUCUACAGAGGAGUUCACGUGCAUAGUGCGGGUGCUGUACUCGCUGAGCUACUACCAGGUGGUGUGCCAGCUGAUAGCGGGGUACAGUGCGGAGGGCCGCGCCGCGCUGCUGGCGCCCGCGCGCGCCGGGGAGCCGGCCGGCCUGCGCCCCGCCGCGCGCCUGUUGCUAGCCGCGCUCGCCGGCUCCGACCUCUUCACGGAGGACGGCCCGCCCGCGCCCGGCCCGCACGACCUGCCUGACUUACACGCCAUGGAGAAACAGGUGCAAGACCUCCUGCUGCCGUUCCUGCGCAUCGCGGCGUUGCUCCGGCACCACCUGUACGGCAGCGAGCUGCCGGAGGUGUCGACGCCGCGCCAGGAGUUCGUGCGGCUGGCGUACUACCUGGAGCUGGUGACGGACGGCAUGGAGUGGAGCGAGUGGUCCGCCGGCCGCGCGCUCUGCCCCGACUCCGCCGCCGCCGCGCGCGCCUGGGCCCGCCAGCUCGGCGCCGCCGCCUCACGCGGCCAGCUGGCCAUCCGGCGCCUGCUGCGGUCGAUGGCGGUGGAGUGGUGCCAGCCGGCCCUGCUGGCGCUGCCGCGGGACUACGACCGGCUGUUCACGUACUACCACGAGCGCGUGUGCCUGCAGUGCGGCGCCGUGCCCAAGGAGGCCAGCGUCUGUCUGCUCUGCGGGACCCUCGUCUGUCUCAAGCAGCCCUGCUGCAGGCAGCACCAGGUGGCGGAGGCCGUGCAGCACGCGAUGGAGUGUGGCGGCGGCACGGGUAUCUUCCUGGUGGUGACGUCUACCUACAUCAUCGUCAUCCGCGGCCGCCGCGCCUGUCUCUGGGGCUCGCUCUACCUGGACGACUACGACGAAGAGGACCGCGACCUCAAGCGAGGCAAACCGCUCUACCUAAGCCAAGACCGACUGGAGUUACUGCAGGCGCAGUGGUUGGCGCAUCGGUUCGACCACACCAAGCGCACCUGGGUGUGGCAUCGGGACUCGCUCUGAGGCCCUUCGACCUGUACCCACGUCACUACCGGCGCGACACAACUAACUCCUAUUUAUUAUUUAUUCCCCCACUCAGCAGACCCCGGGUUACUCCACGAACCUUAUUUAUUCUAACUAGAUGAUUAAACUACUAUACAGUAGAAUGUUCAUAAUUUGUGGUGCAUUUUAUUGCUAGGUGCGACGGUCAAGUGAUCUCAAAUGUAUGACCGUCCCAUCAACACCAGUUGUACCUGUAUACAGUCUUUUGUACACGCGAAAUCAUUAGUAUCAUUUUGUACGUAUUUUUUUAUUAUAAUGCCAGCAAAGCAACAAAAAAUUCUAGUUUAAAAAUACAUGAUAUUAAUGAUGUCGUCACAAUUUGAACUCUAAACACAGGUACCACGGUGCUUUAUUGUAUGCGCCACCAUUAAACGUAAUUACUUGCCAAUCAAUAAAGCUUGGUUACGACCUAAAAGAAUGUAAGUUCUAAAUUUAUCGAUGUUUGAUUUUAAAAAGACUUGUUUUCUGUAUACUGAAGUUGUAAACACAAUUGCCUAAAUUAACAUCAAGGACUAAUCUCGCCAAUUUGAUACACGACUUGACAAGGUGCAAUAAAUUUUAUUUAAAUCAUCGCCAAUAAAUACAAAGUAAAUUGUCUGUUUGUCUAUAAAGGUCAUAUGAUAAAAGUUGUAUAGAAUUCAAAAGAAACAACUUUAAAUGUCAUUGAAAAUCUAUCUAUGUCAAUGUGAUUUUAUUAGAACACCAAUAUAUUGUUAUUUAUACUAGUUUUUUCGCGUUGAGAUAGAGAGUUUAUAUUGCAGUAAAGCCUAUUUCAUUGCAUCUAAGAUUAUGAUAAACGUAGGUUCAAGCAAUAAACAGUGACUGAAAUGGUCGAGUAAUAAUAUUGAAACGUAUUAAGUAGAUUACAAAAUAUUGUCGCGUCAAUUAAGCCUAGCCUAGCCCCCAUGCCAAUAGCUAUCUUAAUAAAUUAUAGUUAUUUACAAAUAAUAUCGAUUGCCUACAUAUUAACUAGAUACAUUCAAUGAAAUUUUAUUAUAGGAAAUUACAAAUGCGUAUUUUACAAGUAAGAAAAUAAUGCCUCGUACAAUCAGAUAGUGUCUUACAUAAUAUUUAUGAAAUGGUACUGUAGUAUGCAAGAUAAUAUAUAUUUUCAUAUUCAAUGUUAUAUUUAGCUUCCCGCUGACCGGAGUUAGGCGCUAGUUGUAUUACACGCAUGAGAACGUCGCGGCUUGCGUAGCAAACAUGUGAGAACUUAGUCAUUUCAUUUAGAAGUAUUUUGUGUCAUUAUUUUAUUAUCUCUUUCUUUUAUUUAUAAUAUCACAUUGUAUUAUUCAUUUUCAUCUAGACUUAACGCCCUCUUUCCCCUAUAUGGAGCAAAGAAGUCCUCUAUUGUUAUUGGAGUUGAGCUUCACGUUGCACCCCGUUCCACGUCAUUCUGCAAGCUCUGCUUUGUACAGUAGUUCACUACGAGUACAGCGGAAGGCUUCUUGGCAUUUUAUGAAGUCCAACUUUUUGGAAGGAUUUUUCACACUCUGUGAAUGAACUGAACUUAAUCCUUCUUGAAACUCCUUGCCCAAGAGCUGGUACUGUGGUCAUACUCCUUAUGACUCAAAAGAGAGUGGAGGGCAUACCAAAAAAAUUUGCUUCUGCAUCUCCUUAAAAUUCACGAUAAGGAGCCAUUAAAGAGGUGUAGCCCUUGCCAACAUGCGAAAUUUUACAGUGAAGUUUGUCCAUGAUUUUCAAGAUCCAAUUUGAUCCAUGAGUGCCAACAGCCGUCACAGGUGGGUUGCCAACUUGUUACAAUAAUUGUCCAUCGGAUGACAAGCCAAUGUUGCAAUAUAGGUCGAUCUGAUUUUAAAUUGGCUUUAGAACCGAGUUGAAAGCAUAAUUUCUAUAUUGAAAAACUCGUGAUACGAACCUAUCGCUUACAUAAAUUUCUCUCUGUAUCCAUAUUUUGGUCCAUACAUUUUUAUUUGUCGAUCUUUAAUUAGAGAAAAAUUUUUGUGUCUUAUGUUUUCUAAAAUAUAUCACAUGCGCUCGAAAUUCUUAAGCUCUAAUAGUUAAAUACACAUUUUUCAAAGAUUAAAAUACAUUGAAUUGCCUAAUUUUGAUAGUCCAGAACCUAGGCAUGGUGAUAUAAAAAAUAUCUUCAAAUAAAAUUAAGCAAUAACUAGGAAUAGAUCUACGGAGAGCGUAAUUGGCUUCAGCUAUAAAUUGUUGGGUAUAAAUAAAUGAAUGUGUAUUGUAAUCCCGUAGUGAUCGGAGUACUCGCAAAAUGUAUACACCAUGUAUCGUACAGUAUGCCUUAUCAGAAUUUAUACAGUUAUUUACACAUUGUACAAGAGAAAAUUAAGUGCAGUACAUAUUAUUAUAUUCAAAUUAUUACUUGUUUUCAUUAUAGUAAUAUGUUAUAGAAGUAAAUUUUAUCUAGUGUUUUAACUGUAUGUUAAUGUAAGGGACUGUGGCCAGAGGUAGAUAGUUCACAUGUACCGUCGACACUACAUUUAUUCAAAUUGUAAUGUAUUAACCACUCUUCUGUUUAUUCAAUAAUUUUUUUGUCUAAUUAAAUGUCGACCCACUGAUCUCUGGCCAUACUCCGUGUAAGAUUUGUUGGAAUUUAAGGUCUAUUAAAUUUUAACUUGUGUCUAAUGUUUGAUCAAACUGUUAACUCAAUAACUGAGAGCUUAUGUUAUAGUGGUUGAUGGUAACAACUACGGCUUGCCGACUUUAUAUUUAGGUAUAAUGAACUUAGCGCACCGCUGAACUUGUAUGAAUUUUAACAGCUUACAGCCCAAAUGUUUGGUCAAACAUUUGAAAUGUGUUGCCAAGAAUGUCGUGAAAAGUAAUAAAUGUUGUCUUGUUUACGAUAUACGGUCGUUGAAUUAUCGUCAUUAAUUUUAUGACUGUUAUACACGAGGGAGUCUGCAGGCGCCCCCAGUAUACAUGUAGGGUAGUGGUUCCAGUAAACAAGACAAUCUCUUGAACAUUGUAAAUAUAUCCUUCGACUUCAUUAGGGACGUCCAAUGGGUGUUGUUAGGGCUGUGAAUACGUAUAUUUUAAAUUUUACUCGCUUCUUUGUUGACACGGUUGACGAAUCACUAGAUUUUAAACACGAUUAAAUUAUUAUUUUAUUUUUUCAUAUUUUUAUAUAGGAAUAUAUUUGAAUACGAUAAUAGCGAGUAGCCGCUUGCGGACUUUUCAUACCUUGUUCGGAUUAAACUAUACUUCUUCAUCUUCCAGAAAUAUAGAAAGCAUUGCUUGGAACUUAGAUAGAUGUGUUCUGAGUGCCGUAGUAACUGAGCCACUGCACCGCACGGCUAACAAACUGACAGUUGACAGAAAGCUAUAUAUGGUACUGCUUCCCCUCCGUAUCGACAAUAAUGAAUGAAUGUUGAGGUAUGGUGCUUCAUCUAUCAUUUCAUGUCCUGAGUGCAAUUUGGAUGCUUUUAUUUUAUUCUCCUUGUAUAUUAUCUUCAAAAGUACAUUUAUCUGUUUCAUAAAAUUUAGCGUUUGUAUCUAGUUUUAGUGUUAACUAAAUUGUAGUGUUUUAUUUUAUUAUUAAGCUAUUAUCAUUUAAAAUUUUGUAAUCACAACGAAUCGAUUCUGUAUUUGCAAUGGAAAUUAGGAAGUGGUAGAGGAUCAUCUAAAUUUAUUUUUAGGAAUGCGAGAUGUCAAUUUUGCAAUUAUUUUUAUUGUUUAGAUUUUUCGUAUUAGAAAGUUCACUUGCGAUGUGUUUCGUCUAAAUUGCGUAUAUUUUUGUUAUAAUAGAAUCCUGUAGCUACCGUACUGCUCAUGUUAUAGACCACGCGUGGCGAUGAGACAUGUCCCGUCUGCCCGCACCCAGUGCCCGCUCCAGAUAAUAUUGUUAAACUUGUGUAUGUAUAUUGUUCUUGUAUAUAUUCAAUCAUUAAAGUUGUUGAUAUUUC